AUGCAUUGUUCCUCUAGUAUACAGUCACUCGUUUGGAGCUGCUUAUUGCGGUUCACCAUUGCCUCAGAUAUUCUCAACAUCUAUACCACUACCUCUCUUGGAAAUACCACUGCGUCAGAUUCGUGUAUCUCGGCCUUAGUUGCUGACAUCAGUUGCUACUCCAGCCUCAGCAGAGCGGUAACGAAGACAAACUCAUGGGGUACGACUGCCCUAGGGAGACUGUGCACCCAGAAUUGUACAGAGUCUCUGCAGCAAUAUGUCACCGCUGUUGAAAAUGUCUGCGGCUCUGAUAUGUAUAACAUUUCAGGCACUCUACAAACAGCAUCUAGUGCAGGAGAAAGGCUUCUCUGGAGGCAGUCCGUUACUUGUAUAACCGACGAUUCGUCGGGUGAAUACUGUAACACCGAAUUCCAGGAUGCAGCCAAUGGAACUGGAUCUUCGAAGAUCGGCUGCAGUCAGUGCUAUCUUGACUACCUGUACACCAUUGCCGACUCCGAGUAUGGUAAGGGAAUUGUCUCUGAAUCCUACUUCGAGGAGAGAGCUGCUGCUUGUUCAGCUACCAGCUACUCUUUCAUACAUACUGCAACUGCCACGACGACUUCAACGGUGGUUUCGGCGACUUCCAAUGCUCGCUGCAAUAUGACUGACACUGAUACAAUUGUGUACGAGGUACAAGCUGGCGAUAGCUGCAUCAGUAUUUCAGCGGCCCAGAACGUGUCAACUGGACUUCUCGCUAGCACAAAUGCUUUGAACCAGAACUGCACGUACCUGACAAUAGGUCAGAACCUAUGUCUCCCAGAGUCCUGCGAGGUAUAUAUGGUGCAGCAAAAUGACACAUGCGACUCUAUAGUCGACAGCCUGACCAGGGAGGUCACUGCAACAACUUUCAUAUCUUGGAACACCAAUCUCAAUAGUCAGUGCUUAAACAUUGCAAGUCUUAUGGGGACAUAUAUUUGUAUCAGUGCCGUUCCUACAAACGCUGUGACAACGUCAAACACUGACUGUGGUUACUGGUAUACUAUUGAGAGUGGCGAUGAAUGCGAAGACAUUGUUGACGCCUAUGGCAUUUCUUUGGACGACUUUUAUUUUCUCAACCCUCAGUUGGGUGGUUCUUGCAGCUCUCUUUGGCUUGGAAAUGCCUAUUGCGUUGAAGCCGUUGGGAGUAUCAAAACUUACUCUGGGUAUAAUUCAACUACCAGCAGCAGAAACUACACCACUCUUGGAAGUACUAUAGACACGAUCUCGACGAGGACUGUCAAUCGUACAACAACCCAUUUCUUUUACUCAUGGCCUGCAGUCACCACCACAACCGUGACCUUCAACUCAACCGUCGCAUCAAUUUUGGCCGACUAUAAUCUCUGCAGCUCGGUGUUAGCCUACUACGAUCUUUCCGAAGAUGAUGACCUUUCGGAUGAAGCCUAUGGCAAUGAUGAAUGGAUGGAUGAGUAUGAGCGAGUAUGCGUGGUUGACCCGGACGCACUGCCGACUGUAGCCUUCAACACCGCCAUCGCCCUCAACACCACCACCUCUGCCACGACGGGGGCGACAGCGACUGCAGGAACUGCCACUUUGACAGAAACUUCUACCAGCACCAGCGCCACGGCGACGGGGCUUAGCAUCUCGCUGGAUGGAACCUGUGGCUACGAUACAAGCUAUACCUGUUCUGGAUCCAGCUUCGGUGACUGCUGCAGUAUUUAUGGAUAUUGGUAA